CAACUUCACCGACGCCGACUGACGGAACCCGCUUCACUCUGACUGCAGUCUCUCAGUUGUCAACGACCCCUGUCCAGAAUCUGUUACCAUGGCCACUCUCUGUGGAGGAACCUCUCCGUCCAAGGAUGCCGACGAAAAAAUCCAGAAGAUCUGUGACAGCGUUAAGCAUCACGCAGAGGCGAAAUCGGGGAAAAACUUUGAAAUCUUCAAAGCAGUAUCGUACACGAGUCAAGUUGUGGCUGGGACCAACUACUUCGUCAAGGUUCAUACGGGAGGUGACGAACACAUUCACCUCCGUAUUCACGUGAAGCUUGGAGGAGAAAUUGAGCUGGCUGCUAUUCAGCACCCCAAGAGCGCCCAGGACCCCAUUGCGUAUUUCUAAUGGUAGCACAGAGCAUGCAAAGCGCCCCGUCAGUGCCUCCAAGUUCCAAUGGCAUUAGAAAGUAUUAAUCUAGAACCAGUUUAGUCUUAGUUCACACAAUAUAUCUUUGUUCCUACUAAUAAAUGAUCUGCAAAUAUUA